AUGUCCAGAAGAUUAGCAAAUAAUAAUAAUUCAAGCAUAGCUUUUGCAAAUAAAAAACAUCAAGGUUUAUGUGGAGCGCCUGACGAUAUUUUCUAUGGAUCAUUAAGUUUGGAAAUUGCAAAUGAUGAGAAAGGGAAGCUUGAUCACUGUAAUAAUAAUCAAUUUUGGAUGAUGCAAAUAAAGGUUUUUGCUUCGAUAUAUUUACCCACACUACUCGCGCUUGUCGUGAGUUCCCAAGCAUACCUUUCAUUUGAUCAACAUUCCAAUGAAUGUGCACUUGUACUAUCACAAGAAGGACGUUCAUCAUUGUAUGACUAUAAUGUAAAUCUUUUCCGAGGAACUUUGGCACCUCAUGUUGCACAACAUACAUGUAUCACUUAUGAUGCCGUCAAUCAAGCAUACAUCGAUGCAAGAAAGAGAAUUCGCGUUGCACAGCCAAAAGGUGAAUGGAAACCAGAAGAAAUUGCAACAGUUGGUGAAUUAUUGCUAGAUAUGUCAAUUCAGUUGGCCAGAACCUAUGGUUUGAGCUAUGAAGACAUUGAAAAAGGUCUACCAAACAUUGAUACAUCAAAGACACUUAUUCGUGAAGUUUGUCCACCUUUCUUAUCAGGUGUCGAAUGUCGUCCAGGAAAAUAUCGUCGUGUUGAUGGAUUAUGUAAUAAUCUUGAAAAUCCAACAUGGGGUGGAGCACAUACUCCAUUCACACGCUUGAUUGGACCUCUUUAUUCUGAUAGCAUUAAUUCACCACGUGUUUCUGUUACUGGACAUGAUUUGCCACCAGCACGUGUUGUAUCAAGAACAAUUCAUCCUGAUGAGGGAUAUCAUGAUCAUGCUGGAACUGUCAUGAUUGUCGCUUGGGGUCAAUUCAUGGAUCACGAUCUCACACUUACUGGAACUCCACUAGAUCCAAAAACACGUAAUGACCCAGAAGAAUGCUGCAAACGUCCUCAACACUUGAAACAUCCAUACUGUAAUGAAAUUCGUAUACCUGAUGAUGAUUACUUCUAUCGUCUCUUCAAUGUCAAAUGUAUUGACUUCGUUCGUGGUUUCCCAACACCAAGAGUUGGCUGUAGAUUGGGCUCACGCCUUACAUUCAACACUUUAACAUCGGUUAUUGACGGAAAUACAAUUUAUGGCGUUAGCGAAAAAUUCACACGCAAAUUGAGAACCGGAUUCAGUGGUUUCUUAAGAAUGAAUCCAGUCUUCCAAGAGUUUGGAUUGAAAGAUUUACUUCCAUUAAAAUUGGACUUCCCUGAUGAAGGAUGUACUCGUCCAAAUAAGAAUUUGUAUUGUUUCGAAGCUGGUGAAAUUCGUGUUAAUGAACAAUUGGUUCUCUCAUGUAUGCACACACUUCUAGCUCGUAAUCACAAUCAUUUGGCAACAGAAUUAGCUAAAGUUAAUGCUCAUUGGGAUGAUGAAACACUUUUCCAGGAAGCAAGACGUUUGAAUAUUGCUACAAUUCAACAAAUCACAUACAAUGAGUUCCUUCCAAUUCUUUUGGGUAAGGAUGUUAUGGAGAAAUUCGGAAUUUUAACACAAAAAGAAGGUUAUUGGAAUGGAUAUGAUGCAAAUGUUAAUCCAGGUAUCAUUGAUGCUUUCGCUGGUGCUGCCUUCCGUGUUGGUCACACAUUGUUGCCAACUGCUGUUGAAAGAUGGUCAAAGGCUCACAAAUUUAUUGCUUCAAAGAGACUUUCUGACUUAAUCCGUCGUCCAUUUGAUUUAUACCGUGCUGGUGUCAUGGAUGAAUAUUUAAUGGGUCUUAUGAAUCAAGUAGCACAAGCUGUCGACGAUUCGAUCACGCAAGAAGUCACAAAUCAUUUAUUCAAAAAGGAUGGUGAACGUUUCGGUAUGGAUUUGGUGUCAUUCAACAUGCAACGUGGUCGUGAAUUAGGUAUUCCUGGUUUUAUGGAGUUCCGUAAAUUCUGUGGCCUUCCAACAGCCGAAACAUUUGAGGAAAUGUAUGGCAUCUUUCCAAAUGAAACUGUCCGUCGCUAUCAAAGCAUUUAUGAACAUCCAUUUGAUAUUGAUUUAUGGUCCGGUGGUGUUUCCGAAAAAUCAUUGCCAGGCUCAAUGGUUGGCCCAACAUUUGCAUGCAUUAUUGCCACUCAAUUUAGCUACUUAAGACGUGGUGAUCGUUUCUGGUAUGAAUUGGCAAAUCAACCAUCAUCAUUCACACCCGAACAAUUACAAGAAAUCAGAAAAGUCAAAUUUUCACGUGUCAUUUGUGACAACACGGAUUUGAUUGACUCAAUACAAAUUUAUCCAAUGGUUCUUCCUGAUCAUGAGCUAAAUCCUCGUGUGCCCUGCAAAGCUAGCAUUAUUCCAUCAAUAGAUUUUACCAAAUGGGCUGAUUACGAUCAAUACUCGCCUCAGCAAUACCAAUUUCUAAAUGAUGUCCCUGAAGACUCUCCAUAUUAUAAGAAGAAAUAAAAGACAGAAGCACAUUUUCUUUACAUUUCUUUUUCUCGUACCUUUUAAAACUCAUCAAAAUUCAUUAAAAAUCAGAUGCUGCAGCAGACAACUAAAAGAGAAAGAAUUGAUUGAACUGAGUCAUCGUCAUCGUAGACUUCAUACUGUGUACCAAACUACAAUGAUAACUGCAGUGUCAUCAUCACCUCAUGACAUCUUCAUCUCUCAUUUUUUACUGUGACUUUACACUUUCCUCUGUCCUCAUACUCAUCAUCAUAAAUGUCAUGCUUCUGUUGAUUCCUCUUCCUUAAUUAUUUAUGGUUGUAUUACUCUAAAUAAUUGAUUUUCUUAUAGAUUCAUGUGGAAAAAUUACGAAUUUUUUUCAUACUUUUGAAUUGAAUUUUUCAUUCAUUAAUCUUUAGUUUUGUUUAAUUGAGUUGUACAUUCAUGGUUUUCACAUCAUUUCCCUUAUACCUUUACACCUAGUUUAAAAAAUUAUUAUGAAUGUGCUCUCGACAAAAAAAUUACUUAAAUUCUGCUAGACGACGUGUAUUAAAUUCAAAUUGCCAUAUCAAUUUUUAAAUGAAAAAAUGUUUCAUUUAAAAAAUUUGAAAUUAUUUUGAAAAUUUAUACAAAAAAUACACUUUUUUGGAAGCACAUGACAUGAUAGACAGACACAUGAUCUUAAUUUGCAUGCAAACUUAUGGAAAAAUGUUCAAAAUCCAAUAAAACGAUCCUCUAGAAUAAUUAAUACAGCAUGUAACCCAAGGCAGCACUUAUGAUGUCUAAAAGCAAAAUCUCACAUUUUAAUAGACAUCGUAAGUGAAGAAAAAGAUCCCAACAUCCUUAUCCCUUUAAACCAUUUCUGUCCGUUUGAUACUUUGUCAUGUAAUCUGCAUGUCUUCAACAUCCAAAAUCCCCCCCAAAAAACGCAGAAAUCCUCAAAUUCAACAAACAUUUGUAAAUCAUUAUUUGUACUUCCGUUUCCUUAUUCGUAACAAGAAAAUAAUCUGAAAUUAUAUUUUAUAUGUGUGUAAAUAAAAGAAAUAAAAAAAAAUCUACUCAUGAGGCUUUUCAAGUCUCAUCCUAUUUUUGAUAUUAAAGAAGAA